AUUUUGGACUUAUUAAUCUUUGUAUGUAUAUUUUUCUAGGUGGCCACCAAUCCCUUCAAGGACUGGAGUAUUUUAAGGGCCAUCUACAAGGAGACACCGGCCAAUGCUGCACCCAAACGGCUUAAGAAACUGGCUGGCUGCAUUGCGUCAAAUGCAAUUAUCAGACCGUUUUACCAUCAGUAACGGCAAUAAAAUGGCACAACAUUUGGCUGGUUGUGGUCUAAGCACUUGCUAUUCUGCGGGCGAGGAACAACAAGUAGAUCAAGAGCAUCCCCGUGUAGGACAAAGCCUUUCCGAGGAUGGACAACCGCUUGAAGGUGCAGUUAUUGGUGGAGUGGGUCUAGUAGAGCCGCCAAAUCAAACCGAUUUACAACAGGACUAUAUGCAAAGUGAUUCUGUGCCAGAUCUAUCGCCGCAAUUUAUUUUACUUUUUAUUACAUUUGCAUUUACAAUUAAGGGGCAAUAA